UGAUCGGACAGAUGUGCCCAGGUGCAGGUUCGUGUCGCGCGCUGCCGUGUGUCCGUGGAUGAGUGAUGCUCAUUCAGUGAAGCGCGUGCGGCUGAAUAAAGAUAAUGGGGUCGGUCACGGAGAGCGCGAGCAAACCGGCGGUAAAGUGCGCGUGCCAGAGUCGGUGCGGCGGAGGAGGAGGAAGCUGGAAAGUGUUCGCGGGUCUGUUCGCGCUGUCGCUCGCGCUGCACCUCGUCACGCUCGCGUGCUACGUGGAACUGCGCUCCGAGGUCGCGCGCGAGAUCCGCAUCCAGAAGAGCGGCGGCGGCGUUGAGGCUCCUCCGGUCCCCGCGCGAGGAGGAGGAGGAGGAGUGCGCGAGCAGAUCAGAGUGGAGAGAGACACAGAGGAGAAAAUCAUCCUGCGCUCCAAGCGCUCAGAAUCACUUGGAAGUGGAAAGAGGAAGAGUGAGAGGAAGAAAGGUAAGAAAGGCCCGCCUGGUGCUCCAGGACCUCCAGGACCUCCUGGCCCUCAGGGGCCCCCGGGAAUUCCAGGAAUCCCAGGAAUUCCAGGAAGCAAUGCAAUGGGGCCACCAGGACCACCAGGUCCUGCUGGACCUCCAGGACCUCAGGGACCACCUGGAGCGCAGGGAACACCAGGUGGAGGUGAGAGAAGCAGGUUCAGAGACACACAGCCAGCUGUGGUACACUUACAGGGUCAGGAGACAACCAUCCAGGUGAAAGAAGAUCUCUCCGAAGGCGUCCUAAAGAACUGGAAGAUGAUCGCGAUGCACCAGCGUGUGUUUAAGAUGCACUCUCGCUCCGGAGAGCUGGAGGUGCUGCAGGAUGGGACGUACUUCAUCUAUAGUCAGGUAGAAGUAUACUUCCUGAACUUCACGGACAUUGCGAGUUAUGAGGUGAUGAUUGAUAAGGAUCCGUUCCUCCGGUGCACACGCAGCAUCGAGACCGGACAACGCAAGUUCAACACAUGCUACACAGCCGGUGUGUGUUGGCUCCGUGCCAAACAGAGGAUCUCCAUCCGCAUGGUGUAUGAUGACACUUCCAUCUCCAUGACCAAUCACACCACUUUCCUCGGGAGCAUCCGCCUUGGAGAAGCCCCGCCCACCGGACACAGCUGAGCCAAUCAGAUUGAGGACAAACUACCUGCAGGAUAUGCCUGAGCCAGCUUUCAGCUCUCAGUUAUCAUCCUCAAAAGAUGACUGUCAAACUGGCACAUAGACUCCGCCCAUUGGCUCAAUACGUGAGCCAAUCGGCUUGCAGAUUCCACCCACCAGAUAUCACCAAAUGCAGCUGACUUAAUCAGCUCGCUUACUUCCUGAAUAGAAAAAAAUCCCAGGCCCGUCAGCUCCACAUUCACCAAAACCCCACUGAGCAACAUCUGCUCUUAAAUACCAUCUUACUGACUCCGCCCACAGGAUACACCUGUACCAAUACACCUGUCAGUCAGCUUAAUGACUCAGCUUAAUGAAGUCUGUCAGUCAGAUGUGAGCUGAUUGAACAGAAUUAAUUCAAAAUCAAACUCACUUAUAAAUCAAACUCCUGAGCCACCAAACUCACUUAUAAAACACAGAAGCUCUGCCCCUUUUAUUACUCCAUAUCCAAUAACUGAGACUCCGCCCACUUCAUCAGCUGAAAUUAAUGACAUAGCUUUGUACUGAACUCCUCUCCGGUGGAUCCACUUGUGUCUGAUAUCACAUCACUGACUGUCAGAUGACCAAUCAAGAACCAUCAGGGUCAGUGAUGAAGGGUCACAUGAUCAAGCUCACCCUACCACAGGCCUGUUUCAGAUCCACUCAGAGAGAGAGAGAGACUCUUGUGGGAGGGACAAAGGAGACAUUUUGUUACAGAAACUGAACACACAGAGUAAACACACACACAUACAGAAUGAACACACACAAUGAGCGCACGCACAUUUACAGAAUGAACACACACACAGUGAACACGCAGAAUAAACACACAGACAGUUGGGUUGGGAACCAAAAGUCAGUUCCAAAUUAGACCUGAAUCCGAAAUGCCAGGUAGCCGGUCCCCUUGAAAAUAAAAUGUAAUUUCAGUUCUGUGAUACUCCUUUAUUUAUUUGUUUAUCUGUAAGGACAUGUGUAGCUCUCUGCCAGGUCCCGUCUACGUGAUUACGUCACGCAUCAAUGCAACAGCGUGUCCGUUUGUUUAGCUACGAGCUAGCACACAUGGCUAAUGAGAACAGUGUGAAUGAUGAACUGCGGUAUAAACGGUCAAAAGUUAUGUUUGUUGUAUAAACCACAGCCUUGUUUCAUUUGGCCCAUGUGAACUGGGGGGAUAUACCCUGAAAUGGUCCGUACAACACGACAUUUUCACAUGAUCCAGAAUUCACAGCAGCUCUGUGGUGUAGCGACGGCCACUGUACAGCACACAAGCUUACCUUACAGUGCUGAGCUACAGGGCCGCGAUCGUGACAUGUGGAAAAUACACACACACACAUACAUACAUAUACACACACACACACACAUAUAUAUACAGUGAGAGUAAAAAGUAUUUGAUCCCUUGCUGAUUUUGUUGGU